AUGACGAGUCCUAUCGUGCUAGGCGUGCUGGCAUUGCUAGCGGCAGGCUUUCUGUAUCUAUUCCUCUUCGUCGGCAGAAGAGAGAAACACCUCCCUCCCGGUCCACCCACAUACCCCGUCUUAGGCAAUCUCCCCCAAAUCCCUCUCAAAGGCGCUCACUUCCAGUUCACCAAAUGGGCCCGCGAGUAUGGCGGCAUCUACUCUCUCAAACUGGGAACCGGUACCGCAGUGGUCAUCACCGACCGCAAGCUCGUCAAAGAACUCGUCGACAAGAAGAGCUCCAAAUACUCCGAACGACCCAAAUCCUAUGUGGCCAAUCUCAUCAGCGGCGGCGACCACAUCUUGUUGAUGGAAUAUGGCAAUCAGUGGCGAGAUACGAGGAAGCUGCUCCAUGGCACGUUCAUGGAGAAGACGUGCGAUGAAAGCCAUAUCCACUUGCAAGAAGCUGAGGCACGGCAGAUGAUCCGCGACUAUCUUCUCAAGCCUGAGGAUCAUAUGCUUCAUCCUAAACGCUUUUCCAAUUCGGUGACCAUGAGCCUCGUCUGGGGCGUCCGAACACCCACUCCUCACACCCGGCAUAUGGAGCGUCUAUACUCGUUGAUGGAAGUCUGGUCCAAAGUCAUGGAGCCCGGUGCAACCCCACCCGUCGACAUCUACCCAUUCCUGCACUACCUCCCACAAUCCAUCUUCCUCAACUGGGUUGAUCGAGCAACCCACGUGCAGAAGGAGAUGAACCACUUGUAUGCUGAUUUCCUCGCCGACAUCCGGGCUCGACGCAAGAAAGAAGGCAGCCGUGGCGCUUUCAUGGAUAAAGUCCUCGAUCAGAUCGACAGCGAGAAACGAAUGGAUGGCUUGAGCUACAAAGACCAUGAACUGUGGUUCAUGGGCGGGACUCUAACCGAAGGCGGCAGCGACACCACGGCCUCAAUCCUCACCGCCUUCGUCCAAGCCAUGGCCACACACCCCCACAUCCAAACGCGCGCCCAAGCCGAACUCGACGCCCAAAUCCCCUCAACGCGCUCCCCAACCUGGUCCGACUACCCCUCCCUCCCCUACAUCGGCCAAUGCAUCAAAGAAGCCCACCGCUGGCGCCCCGUAACCCCGCUCGCCUUCCCGCACGCCCUCGCCACCGACGACACCACUCUCGAAGGCUACCACCUCCCCGCCGGCACCACGGUCAUCAUCAACGCCUGGGGAAUGCACAUGGACCCGGAGCGGUUCGCGCAUCCGGAGAGUUUCGACCCAGACCACUUCAAAGGCUGCACGCGCCUCGCGCCGGACCUCGCGAAUGGCAAGUGGGAGGAACGCGAUCAUUACGGGUAUGGAUCCGGGAGGAGGUUUUGUCCGGGCGCGCACCUCGCUGAGAGGAAUCUCUUUCUCGCGAUGGCGAAGUUGUUGUGGGCGUUUGAGAUCAAACCGAAGAAGAAGAACGGAGGGGAGGGUGAGGGUGAAGGUGAAGUGAGAAUCGACACGGAUCCCGUGACGGGGUAUUGUGAGGGAUUCUUGGUCUGCGCGAAUGAUUUCGAGGCGGAGUUUGUAGUUCGAGGGGAUGACAGGAGGGAGACGAUUUUGAGGGAGUUUGAGGAGGAUAAGGGGUUGUUUGGGAGGUUUGAGGCGGUGGGGGUUGAGAGGGCUUGA